AUGUAUAAACCGACAGCAAAUUUGACAAUCGACGAACAACUUUAUCCCUUUCGAGGUCAUACAAAAUUUACGCAAUAUAUCCCGUCGAAGCCAGCAAAGUACGGGAUAAAAAUUUGGUGGAUUUGCGAUGCCGAGAAUGCGUACCCUCUGCACGGAAUUAUUUAUGCAGGUAAAACUGGAAAUAUCCGCGAAAAAAAUCAAGGAGAGAGAGUUGUAAAAGAAUUAGCAGCACCGUAUAAAGGAAGUGGCAGAAAUAUUACUAUGGACAACUUUUUCACAACUCUACCUCUUGCCAAGCAUUUACUUUCGUGGCAACUGGCUAUUGUAGGUACGCUUCGAAAAAACAAGCCGUACAUUCCCAAACAAAUGGCUUCUCACAAAUCCAGACCAGAAUACUCCUCACUCUUUGGUUUUCACGAAAAAGUUGCUCUCUGCUCGUACGUUCCGAAAAAAAAUAAAGCCGUGAUUUUAUUAUCGACAAUGCACUACGAUGCUGCUGUGAAUGACGAUGAAAAAAAGAAGCCUCACAUGAUCACCUAUUAUAAUAAAUACAAGAGUGGAGUGGAUACAAUGGAUCAGAUGGUGUCCCGAUACACAACCCACAGACGAACAGCAAGAUGGCCCCUUGCUAUAUUUUUCAACAUUUUGGACGUAGCCGCUCUUGCCGCAUAUAUAAUUUAUUAUGAAAAUAAUAAAAUGAUCAAGAAGAAAACAAAUCAGCGACGUGUUUUUUUGCGGCAACUAAGCGAAGAAUUGGCAAAACCAUUCAUCGAAGAUCGCGCUGGGAAUGCUCAAGUAAUGCAUCACUUUACAACAAAGUUGGCAAUCGAGAGCAUGAUUGGUGUUCAGCUCGUCCCUUCCGAGGUUCCUCAGCGAGAUAGUACUGGCCGCAAAAAAACGACUGGUUCCUGUCAUGUGUGCUACAAGGAAACCAUAAAAAGACGGAGGAAAACACAAAAAAGUUGCUUUGUAUGCAAAAAACCCGUCUGCGAUAAGCAUUGUGUAAGCAUAACAAAAUGUAUUGAUUGCGCUCAAUAA